AUGAUUCACUCUCUUGCCGCAGCAAUGAACAACCAACUCCAAAACACCUCUUCCUUGAACUCGGUAACCUUCAGUUUUGAAGAUGGAAGGAACUCCUCGCCCGUUCGGACCGCUGAGCUGCAACCGAUUGUAGUCAACCCCUGGGACGUUGCACUGUGCGUGACGGGAACCCUGAUCUCCUGCGAAAACGCAAUUGUAAUCGCCAUCAUUUUUUACACGCCCGCACUCAGAGCCCCAAUGUUCAUUCUCAUAGGAAGUCUUGCCUUUGCUGAUCUGCUGGCUGGGCUCGGCCUCAUACUGAAUUUCAUCUUCACCUACAUGCUUAGUACGGAAUUUGUACAUUUGGUGUCAGCCGGACUGCUAAUCGCUGCGUUUUCUGCCUCCGUACUAACCAUCCUGGCGAUCACAGUGGACCGGUACCUCUCCCUUUACAACGCGCUGACUUACCACACAGAGCGAACCGUGACAUUCACCUACGUCAUCCUGGUGCUCAUCUGGCUGGUUUGCGUUGCACUGGGUAUGUUGCCAGUUUUGGGAUGGAACUGUCUGCAAGACGAGUUCACCUGCAGCAUAUGUCGACCAGUGACUAAAAACAAUGCAGCCCUGCUGGCGGUAACUUUUUUGCUAAUAUUUGCCCUCAUGAUGCAGCUUUACUUGCAGAUCUGCAAAAUAGCUUUCAGGCACGCGCAACAGAUCGCGGUGCAGCAUCAAUUUAUGGCCACCUCCCACGCCUCCUCUACCACCAAAGGUGUCUCCACUCUCUCGGUCAUUCUCGGCACCUUCGCGCUGUGCUGGAUACCCUUUGCGAUGUACUCCCUCGUGGCUGACUCUAGAUACCCCAUGGUCUACACAUAUGCCACUGUUCUACCGGCGACUUGCAGCUCAGCCAUCAAUCCUAUAAUUUAUGCCUUCAGAAACCCCGACAUCCAGAAAUCCCUGUGGCUCGCGUGCUGCGGAUGCGUUCCCUCCAACUUCUCCAUGCGGCCAAGGAUGUCAAGUGACGUGUAA